ACACACGACAGAUCAAACCUAUACGGAUCCUCGCAACAUGGCGACACGAAAUUGGUAGACGAUCACACAACGUUAACCAUGCUCGAAGCUGUGAUGAAUUCUGUAAUAAUUCUUGCCGCGGUGUUGAUCUACUCCGAAUUUUCUGUGGUUUCUCAACUACUUCGCUCUGUUCCGCCAGAAUUCCGAUUUUUUUCAAGUUAUUUACGAACAGUGUCUUGAACGUUAAUCGCUCGGCAGGUAGAUUUUUUUCCUACACGCACCACCCUUUGAAUAUAACCGAACAUUGUGCCCCUCGUAUGUUUACGAUACCGAUUCCACCGCGAACUCGUUGCAAAAAUUAUAAAACCAGUGUUUGUGCGGACACCUUGGAGAAUAGAAAGUUUUAACGUUGGCCUUGAACAAAAGCACGGUCCACUAUUUGGGAUUAAUACGGCAAUAAACAAGAUUCAGUCAGAAAAACGAGCCUAUGUAUAUUCAAAGUAAUUUAUAGUUACGAAGGAAUGAGAUGCAUUGUGAAAGAAGAUACAGGGUUCAUAUUUAGUUUUUCAAGAACAUUAUCAAUUUAUAUAUUAUUUAUUUAGUAGUUAGCAAGACAUAUACGUAUAUAUAUAUAUAUUUAAUAAUUUAUUUUCUAUAUUAUUGCUCAUUGAAAACGAAAAAGAAGGUAUAUCAUAUCUGCAUCGAAAAGAAGUAUAGAAAGAACAAAGAGAUUUGUGUACACGAUUAAUUUUGUUUCGUGUCUUUUGACAUAUUGUAAAUGAAUGAAAUUAACAUUUGAUAUUUAACUGAUUUUCUUGUAUGUAGUGUGAUAGCUACGCCGUCAAAGAUACAAAGUUUUUCCAUAGAUUUAAGUAGCACAUUUGAUAUUAUUCUGUACAUUCACUUUGACUAUGUAUCACACUAUGUAUCCGCCACAAAUAAUGGUGCAGAUAAUGGGUGGCCAACAGGCAAAUGGACAAUGUCCACCAGUUCAAACACAUGCAAUGCAUAUUCAUGGUACAAAUAUGUUUCAUCAAGCUGAGUACGCAAAGUAUCGGCCAGAUGCUUGUGCACAAAAUAGACAUCAGUUGGUGCAGACAGGAUCUUACCCAUUGGAAUUAUUGCAACUGAUGGGUGUUGAAAUACCUUCUUUGCGACGCAUAGAAUAUGUGCAAUCGAAUACUGGCACACCUUUGGGAAACUGGCAGAGACGUGUGAACGCUUCGAACAAUUCACCUAUUAUACCGUCUCCUCAUGUCGCUUUUAGACCAACUAACAACGGUUUGGUAAAGAAAUCAAAUUGGUAUAGUAAACCUGGUAAAAGAACUCCGUUCAGAGAAACGUUCGGGAGCAACGAAAAAUAUGGUAGCGAUAGUGGCUUUAGUUCACGUUCACCUACGCCAAACAAACAUCAAAUCGACAAUAGUCUAACAGAAAGCUCAGAUGAACGAGAUUCUGUAGUUUCUUCUGUUGAUCAGAACAUGAAGAAACCACAGAAACCUCAUUUGAAUAAUGCUAUAAAUAAUAGAGUAAUGCAGUACAGCGUUAAUUCAAAUGCUUCUACUCAUCAAUUUUAUCAAAAUCAAAGACACGUUAAUGUUUAUCCUACUGCAAUGUCAACGUCUAGGUCGCAAGUGCAGAAUUAUCAAAAUAAAAGGAGAUAUCACUCAGGGAGGAACAGUCCACCUCCUCAAAGACUACAACGGAGCAAAAAGUAUAUAGGAUUAAUAUCGCCAAAUUAUAAUACGAUUCCUAGAUAUGGUAUUGCUCCAGAUCGAUUCCUUGCUAGAUCACAUUUGGUCGAAGUAACUCACACGCCCGACGACCUGCUUAAUGGAUCCAUUUGGGAUAAUCUCUCCAAAGAUAUUUGGUCAAAGUUUAUGUUGAAUCAGCAAACUGAAACUGUUUACAGAAACAAAAUGAUGCUAUGGAGAUACCUCUAUAUUUAUAUUAAAACUGCAUUUCCAAAAUAUGGUUUAUUUUUGGUUGGAUCUACGAUGAAUGGAUUUGGAUCAGAUAAUAGCGAUGUUGACAUGUGCCUUUUAGUGAGGCAUACAGAGAUGGAUCAAAGAAUUGAAGCUAUUGGGCACUUGGAGCAAAUAUUGAAAUGUUUAAAGAGAUGCGUUUUUAUAGAACAAUUGGAACUUAUACAAGCAAAGGUACCAAUCCUGAAGUUCCACGAUUCGAUACAAAAUUUAGAAGUGGAUCUAAACUGUAACAACUCGGUCGGCAUUCGUAACACUCACUUGCUCUACUGUUACUCUCGAAUUGACUGGAGAGUGAGACCACUGGUUCUCGUCGUCAAACUUUGGGCUCAGUCUCAAGAUAUUAAUGAUGCAAAGAACAUGACCAUAUCAAGUUAUUCCUUGGUUCUUAUGGUUAUACAUUUUCUACAGUGCGGUGUUAGUCCUUCAGUGUUACCUUGCUUGCACACCCUUUAUGAAGGUAAAUUUACGCCACACACAGAUAUCCAUUGCAUCGAUAUGCAAGAAGAAAUAGACAUUCCAAGUACCGUCCUACGGCCUAAGAAUCGACAGUCGUUAGGGGAACUUCUAGUUGAAUUUUUUCGAUAUUACGUUACAUUCGACUUCAAUCAGUACGCGAUAUCAGUACGGUUGGCUAACAAGAUUCUCAUAGAGGAAUGUCGAAGAGCAAGGUCCUACAAAAAUGAUCCACACCAAUGGAAGUAUUUGUGCAUCGAAGAGCCAUUUGAUCUAACCAACACUGCAAGAUCAGUGUACGACCCUGACGUGUUUGCAAGGAUUAAACGUGUCUUUGACCGCACGUACCAAAACUUGAAGGAGCACCACGACCUGGCCAGGAUAUUUGUUAAGAUGGAUACUGCUACUUCCUAUAUUGUCACGUAACUGUCGUUCACAGGCUAGUACAGACAUUUUUCUUAGUUAGGGUAAUUUUCUAUAGGGGAGCAGUUUAUUUUUGCCAUGGGCCUCGAUCAAAGUAAUCAUGGGGCAACAAAACUGAUAUCCUUGCCACACCGAGAUGUCGAGUACACAGAAUGUGGUAAUUCUCUACGCUUAUCUCGAGCUAUCACGCUCGUACCUUGUGAUAAUAACUUGCGCUUGCGUGCAAUGGCUCACCUGUUGCGUUCCCAUCGUCGAAUUUUUCUUUCGUUUCGUUUCCGUUCGAAUUACUUUUCUUUUUUCAAUGUGCAAUGCCACUUACAUUACGCGUUUCUAUACACGAAGCGAAAAGAAAUAUAUCGAUCGCAAUUAUUAUUUACAUAUUUAGAAAGAUUACUCAACGAAUUCUUUUUUUAAACAAUACGUGCAAUAGCCUCGAGAAAGACCUUGAAUUCAAUCGAAGGUUUGACAACGUUCUUCUCGUAUGAACAUUAUUUUUUCUUGAAUUCGAAUUCCGAUGUGUCCUUCGUGAUAAAAUUUCAUUUUUUUUUUCAAAUACAUAUAUAAGAACAUGGUGCCUUACGAUUAUCAAAGUAUUAUUAAAUUCAAUCGUUAAAUACACAUAGCUUCACGCUGGAUACGAUGAAACUAUUUGAGUUUUUCACGGUCAUUACUCACAGCGAAAAAAUAAAUAUUGUUAGCUCGAUACGUCAGGAAAAAGAUUUAAAAUGAAAUAUUCAAGAACGACACGUCAAUGAUUUUUCGUCUAAACCAGAGAUAUUCAUAUACACAAAAAAAAGAUACUUAGCCUUGAUCAAAAACUCAUAAUCGUAAAUUUAUAUUUAAAAAGUAAUGAAAAAAAAACUUAAAAAAAGAAAAAAGACAAAAAAUUAUUGUUCGAAGAAAAUAAUAAGAGAAAAUUUAAAAAAAAAAUGGAUAAGUAUAGAUCGACAACAUCGAACUUCUCUUCAAUCUACGUAUCUUAUUUAAUUGUUAACAAAAAAAUCAAAUCUACUAAAUGAAUAUAAUAUGUAUUACUUACAUCUUAUCACGGUCACCUUUUGACCAUCUACAUUACGUGCCAAAGAAAUUAAUUUCGUCUUUCGUAGGUGAAGAGAUAUUUCGUAAUUUGAACAUUCUAUUAAUUGCGUAUUUUCUUUUUUAAAAAGAGGCACGCCAAUCAAGUAUGCAUUUUGGAAUUUAAAAAAAAAUAGACUGAAAAAGUUCUCUACCAUAGAAGUAAUUAAAAUUUCAACAUUAUCUUCGUAACUCGUUAUGUAGCAACCGAAGUUCCUAUUUUCAAUGUAAACGUGAACACUGUCUUUUGAUUCCGUUUCUAGUCUGUUGUUCACUUAAAAUGUAAUGUAACUCGUUGAAUGAUACUUAGAAAACAGAAGGCUGUGUUGACAGUAUAAAAAUUAUCAACUGAGAUAUUCCAUUGCUGGGUCUGUAACGAACGAAUCCUCAAUGACACUUGAUUUUUCGAAUGGAGAUCGAUGCCUCGUUAACGAUUAUUUACCGAAAUUUUUUUUGACUAUAAGAUUUUUAAGAUUCAUUCCCUCCAAUAAUUGUUAUCUUUUGGCGGGCCCAGUAAGUUUUUCUAAUCAAUAAUUUACUUAUUUUUGUACGAAAUGUAAAAGAUUUAACUGACAGAGAGAAAAAUACCUUGUUAUCUUCCCCCCAAUCGUCAAUUCUACGCACACCUAACGCCAAAGUUUAAAGUAAUAGUAUAUCAGACUUUUGUAAUUUUCAUUUUGCUGUUAAAUAAAAGAAAUAUUUAUAUACGUUUAAA